AUGAAAAUCCUUACAGAAGAAGAAAUCGAAGCUCACCACUACCACACGCUCUCAGGCGGUCUGAAAGGUGCAGCGGCCGGAGUGCUGAUCUCAGGUCUGAUCUUCAAAUUGGUUCCCGUGCGUUUCCCCAAAUUCCAGCCUUCCCGCAUGCCGUGGUCGCUCAAGACUGCGCUGUUCAUCACUCCUCCCACUCUAUUGACGUCCAUUUGUGCAGAAGAGGCGUCCAGCGGGUUCGAACGCAUGAUGUAUGGGUCCAAUGCCACGACCAACGCCGCCGUCGAAGAACACCGUCGCUGGAAACAGCUGCCGUGGUCCGAAAAGCUGAUCGAGAGUGUCUCCAGCAACAAAUACAAGAUCAUCGUCGCAGCGUGGGCUGCGUCCAUGUACGGGUCCUGGAAGUUUGUGGACCGCGACCCAAUCAUGACCAAGACUCAAAAGGCCGUCCAGGCCCGUAUGUACGCGCAAACCGUGACCGUGGCCCUGCUGCUGGGAUCCAUCGGACUGUCAAUGUACGAAGAAAAACAACAUCCUGACGCACGCAAGCUGGAAGCAUCGCGCAGAUGGGAAAAAGCCCUGGAACGUGCCGAAGAAGAAGAGGCCCUGUCGCAUCAGGCCGGCCACCGUUCCAACGAGGACCGUGUCAAGGCCAAGAUCUUCAGGUAA